AUGUCUGAUUCAAUUCAACUAAAUAAACGGCUGAAUCCCAAAACUCCAAUUGGAUCGCCUGUUUUGUCAGGUGGGAACAGGAAGGUUCUGGCAGGUAGAAAGGCCCUUCAACAAUUUUAUCAUCUUCAAGAACCUUCCAAUCAAUCAGAACCUAUUACGGAAGAGAUAGAACCUUCAGAUUUACUUAAAAGCUUAAGUGAUCCAACAAAAUUUGCUAAAUAUACACAAACAAGCUCUAUAGAGGAUAUACUCAAAUUGCGGAACUCUAUCACACAUACGCUCAACACACAUGAUUCUGAAAAGAAAUCAAUUAUUUAUGAUAAUUAUUAUGAGCUUAUUAAACUCAGUCAAGUCCUUCAAGGGCUUUCGAGUGCCAAAACUACCGUCGAUAAUAGCACCACGAAUGGUCUCCUGAGUUUAGGAAUUUUCACAGAACGAAAAUCUACUCCUUCACAGGAAAUUAGUGAUGAAUACCUUGAUUCGGUGUUUAAUUCACUUACAACAUUUGUAACAGAUCGUGUAUCAAAGUUUAAUACAGAUUUCGAAACUAUCGUUCAGCUGUCAAAGCAGGACCUUGAUGAUAACGAUGCUUCGAGUCUUAAGGCGCUUAAUAACGAUGACGAUGAUGAGGUUGCAUUGGAUAUAAAUACAGAGAAGUUGGAACAUGAAAUAAAUUCCUUAUUACAAGGAGUAGGUUCAAUUCCUAAAGAGGAUCAACAGCAACUCAAAUCACAAAUGAAAGAAAUGGUUGCCACUUUGGGCCCCAAGAAUAAGUUACUAGCAAAUCAACUUUCGAGGAUAUCCGAUCAACUUACUAUAAACUAA